CCCUCCCCGAGGAUGUAAUCGGAGAAGACAGCAGUUGGCCAGGCUGGCCUGACUGACAGACAACAACAGUCCAAACUGACCAAACCAAGACUUACACUGAAGAGCUGCAACGAGAGGCCUUUUUUGGUUUUAGGGGUCGCCAUGAAAAGCCUGGAUCUGCUCCUGCUGGCUGGUUGCUUAUGCAGCCUGAGCACAUUGGGAGGUGCGUCUGAUGGGGAGAAGGCUCUGAUGAAGACGCUCUUUUCAAACUACAACCUCAAGGUGCGGCCAGCAGCCCGCCCUGAAGAGAGGGUGGUGGUUCGUGUGGGCAUGGUCCUCUCAUCCUUCGUCGGACUGAAUAUGAAAAAUGAGGAGAUGAGCACAAUUGUUGUCAUGAAUCUAGAAUGGACAGAUCACCGGUUGUCAUGGAAACCCAAGGAAAAUGAUGGGAUUGAGGUGUUGCGUAUCCCCUCGGGGAAGGUUUGGCUGCCUGACAUGGUCCUCAUCAAUAAUAAUGACGGGGUGUUUGAUGUGGCCCUGCAUGUCCAUGUGCAGGCUUACAGUAAUGGCAGAGUAACCUGGACUCCCCCUGCACUCUACUGCAGCUCAUGUGGAGUUAAGGUAACAUAUUUCCCAUUUGACUGGCAGAACUGCACCAUGCAGUUCCGCUCCUACACGUACGACGCGACCGAGAUCGACGUGCAGUACGCGCUGGACUUGAGGGGCAACGAGAUCAGGGAGAUCCAACUGGACGAAGCUUACAGUGAGGGCGGCGAGUGGCACAUCAAACACAAGCCGUGCAGAAAGAACAUGAAUGAUGAUCAAUAUGAGGACAUGACCUGCUACCUGAUCAUCGAGAGGAAGCCUCUGUACUACGUGCUCAACAUCAUCCUCCCCUGCAUCCUCAUCACCAUCAUCGCUAUCUUUAACUUCUACCUGCCCCCUGAUGCAGGAGAGAAGAUGGGCCUGUCGAUCAACGUGUUGCUCACCCUCACUGUGUUCCUGCUGCUGCUGGCCGAUAAGAUCCCAGAGACGUCGCUGGGCGUCCCCAUCAUUGUCAACUACAUCAUGUUCACCAUGAUCCUGGUCACGUUUUCUGUCAUCCUCAGUGUGGUCGUCCUCAACCUGCACCACCGCUCACCCAACACCCACCAGAUGCCCAUGUGGGUGCGCAAGAUCUUCAUCCACAUGCUGCCUCCUUACCUGGGCAUGCUGCGGCCAAAAGUAGAGACCCCCCUGUCCCUGGAGACCUUGCCCCGCCGAGAGAAAAAGAUCGUCUCCAUCAGCAAAGUGGCUGAUGAAUACUUCAUCCGCAAGCCCGACUCCUCCAUCUUGUUCCCCAAGCCCAACAGGUUUCACCCAGAGGGCAUGUGUACAGAUCUGAGAAAGUUCAUUGACGGCCCAAGCAGCUACCUCACGCUACCUGACGAGCUCAAGUCAGCCAUAGAGGCCAUCACAUAUAUCGCUGAGGCUCUGCAGGCGGCGAAGGACUACGAAGCUCUAAGGGAGGACUGGCAGUAUGUGGCCAUGGUGGUGGACCGCAUGUUCCUCUGGAUCUUCGUCGUCUUCACCACUGUGGGCACCUUGGCCAUCUUCGCCGAUGCCAGCUUCAACCACACCCCCACUGAUCCCUUCAAAUCCCCCUGAAGCAGUGGGACAUUUGGUUCUCUUGAGCUAUACCUAUCCUGACUUCAUUUGAUCCCACUGAUUCAUUUGAUCUCAGCAAACGCUGUAUUAUUAAAGUGCUAAAUGGUUCUCUGGGUGUAGUUAACCAUCGGCCCAUUGUGCCAGCAAAUGAGAAACUCUUAUGUGUGUUCCAGGCAAGAAACUCACAUUUUCCACUUUCAUUUUGUGUCUUGGAUAGCGCUGCCAAUUUACAUUCUGUGACUGGCAAACCCCAGAUGACCUCAAGAUGUUAUUUUUAUUCAUUUGCUAUAGUGUAGACAGUGUCAAAUGUUGAAAUACAUCCUGACAAUAUUCCAUUAUUGUGUCAAACUAUAAUUUCCAAUACAACACUUUAAUUCUUGGCCAUAUGGAAGGCAAAGACUGUAAUUUAUAAAGUUUUUAAGCUUGAACAGAAGGGCAUCUUUAUUCUACUCACCCUUAGAGGAAGGCAUUUUAGGUUGUCAAGAAUUCUUGCCAGGUUUUGUUUGCAUUCAACCUCAAUUUGCAAGUAUAUGCAAAUGUAUGAACAUCUUGUGGAUUUUCGGUUGAAUGAGCAACAGUGCUCAAGAACUUCUCGGCCUCAGUACUGUUGCCCUAAUCACAUGGAAAUGUCUUGCUGCCAAGAAAUAUUUGAACAGAUCUCUUGACAUAGAUCAUUUAAACUAGCCAAAACAGCAUUAUGUGUGCAAGGGGCGUUGAUGAUUGCAUGAAAUAUACCAACCAAGCCAAUGUGAGCGUACUUGACAUGUAUAAAUACAUAAACCUAAAAGCUACUGGUGUGUCUUUUAGUGCAUUAGAAUCCAACGUAGGAUAUUCAUAUGUGGUGUUCGCACAUAAACACCAAGACAAACCAGAUGCUAUAAUGAGCAAGCUGUUUGCCUUUCAUUUCCCUGUGUCAGAAUGUGCUGGAGUGUGGCACAUGCUUUGUGGAUAUUUCCGCAACCAUAGUAAUCCUCCUUGUAUUUUCGGCGCUGGUUUUGCAUGGAGGAUAUUCUUAUGUUGGAGUGCUGAGCAGCAUACCAACUCAUUUCACCAGCUGCACCAAUAGCCUGUGGAAUUCCCAUUAUAUAUGAGACCUUAGUGCCUCACUUUCUGGCAGAUAUACACACGCAGCCCACACGUCCUUUUUGGUUCUCUCACACGACACAAACACACACCUGCCCUUUUUAAUCUUGUGCCUUCAUUCUGUUUUUGUUUCUUAAAUAAAGAUCUGAGGGGAGGAUAUCAAAGA